AUGCGCCGCUCCUGGCCAGCUCUGGUGACCCUCGCAGCUUGGAUGAUGCUACUGCUGCAGCAGCCCGACGGGACAGGGAGCAAGGAGAGCUGCUACUACGUAACCUUCAGCUACACCAACUGGACGGACGACCGCCCCCGCUUCAUUGUGAACAUGACCUUCUCGAAUCAGUCGGGCAUCGGGUCCGUAACCACGAUCAACGAGGAGAUAGCCUCGCCCAUCUCGCGCCUCCUAAUUCUGCAGCACUCGUCCCGGGAGAAGUCGCGGACCAUCUACAACGCCUCCACCCGGCUGUGCGACCUGCAGAACCUCUUCAAUUCGGUGCCGCUCUUCAAGCCCGCGAAGGACAACAUGCUGAAGCAGAGCAACUACACCAUGAGCUGCCCGCUCACCAAGGGCACCUACGCCAUGUACAACAUGCGGGUCAGCCCCAAGAACCCGCUCCUGAGCCUGCUCUACCAGCCGAAGCAGACCUUCACGGUGAAGGGCGGCCUCUUCGAGGAGCUGCCGCGGGGCAGGGUGAGGCCCCUCUCCACGUACUUCCUGGCCGGCAAGGUGGUGAGGAGGUCCUGCGGGGCCAACGAAUGA